AGUGAGAUGGUUGAUUUCAUCGAAAAGUGAGUUAAAAUGUCCAUUUUGGUCUCAAAAGCUACUGCGGGAAUGCAAAUGCAGGCUUUCCCUGUCAUUCCCAUUCCAACUUCCACUUCCAUGCGUUCAAUCUCUCACUCCUCUCCUUUCCGUCUUCAUUCAGCUGCAAGCAUCACCACCCUCCUCAAAGCCUGCAAGAAACGUGAACACCUCGAACAAGUGCACGCGUGCAUCAUCCAUCGCGGCCUCGAGCAAGACCACUUCCUCGUUUUCCUCUUCAUUUCCCGCGCGCACACCCUCCUCUCCACUCUCUCCUACGCCUCCUCCGUCUUCCACCGCGUUCUCGCCCCUUCCACCGUCCUCUGGAACACUCUCAUCAAAUCCCACUGCCAAAAGAAUCUCUUUUCCCACACCCUCUCCGCCUUCGCUCGCAUGAAGGCACAUGGGGCACUCCCAGAUAGCUUCACCUACCCUUCUGUCAUUAAGGCCUGUUCCGGCACGUGCAAGGCAAGGGAGGGAAAAUCGCUUCAUGGCUCCGCGUUCCGGUGCGGCGUCGACCAGGAUCUCUACGUGGGCACCAGUUUGAUCGACAUGUAUGGGAAGUGCGGGGAGAUUGCUGAUGCUCGUAAGGUGUUUGAUGGAAUGUCUGACAGGAAUGUGGUUUCCUGGACUGCUAUGCUUGUUGGGUACGUUGCUGUUGGGGAUGUUGUUCAGGCCAGGAAGCUGUUUGAUGAGAUGCCUCACAGAAAUGUGGCUUCUUGGAACUCAAUGUUGCAGGGCUUUGUGAAAAUGGGGGAUUUGAGCGGUGCUAGAGGCGUGUUUGACGCAAUGCCUGAGAAGAAUGUUGUUUCUUUCACCACCAUGAUUGAUGGGUAUGCCAAGGCUGGUGACAUGGCGGCGGCGAGGUUCUUGUUUGAUUGUUCUCUGGAGAAGGAUGUUGUUGCUUGGUCUGCUUUGAUAUCAGGUUAUGUCCAGAAUGGGCUGCCUAAUCAGGCGUUGCGAGUGUUUCUCGAGAUGGAAUUGAUGAAUGUGAAGCCUGAUGAGUUUAUAUUGGUUAGCUUGAUGUCGGCUUCCGCACAGUUGGGUCAUUUAGAACUUGCUCAGUGGGUUGAUUCUUAUGUAAGCAAGAUCUGUAUUGAUCUUCAGCAGGACCAUGUAAUUGCAGCGCUUUUGGAUAUGAAUGCAAAGUGUGGAAACAUGGAAAGGGCGUUGAAAUUGUUUGAUGAAAAACCUAGGCGAGAUGUAGUCUUGUAUUGUUCGAUGAUACAAGGGUUGUCAAUUCAUGGACGCGGUGAAGAGGCCGUGAAUCUGUUUAACAGGAUGCUGAUGGAAGGGCUAACUCCGGAUGAGGUGGCCUUCACAGUCAUCCUCACAGCUUGUAGUCGUGCUGGGCUUGUUGAUGAGGGACGGAACUACUUCCAGUCCAUGAAGCAAAAAUACUGCAUUAGUCCAUUGCCUGAUCACUAUGCAUGUAUGGUGGAUCUUCUAAGCCGGUCAGGGCACAUAAGGGAUGCUUAUGAACUUAUAAAAUUAAUCCCCCGGGAGCCUCAUGCUGGAGCCUGGGGUGCACUUCUUGGGGCAUGUAAACUAUACGGUGAUUCAGAGUUGGGAGAGAUUGUUGCUAAUCGACUUUUUGAGCUUGAGCCUCUAAAUGCAGCUAAUUAUGUGCUGUUGUCCGACAUCUAUGCAGCAGCAGAGCGAUGGAUAGAUGUUUCCCUUGUGAGAAGUAAGAUGAGGGAAAGGAGAGUGCGGAAGAUACCUGGUUCCAGUAAAAUUUAGUCCAGGGCUGAGUUGUUCCGGUAUUCCAUGUAUGGAGAAGGCUAUGUUUGGCCCAACUUUUUUCUACUUAAAAGCUAAUUUUAAUUUAAAGCUAAACGUAA